GCUCGACAAUUUCAGACUUCCGUCGACUGGGUCUACGCAAUCGGUGAUGCAGUAGCGGCCCCAUUACCUUUGUGGGACAUCGAUUCAGUCAAUAUUCAGCAUUUCCAGACGGCCCAAACACAUGGCCAACUACUCGGGUACUCAAUUGUGGGCCGUCCGUUCCCGCAUGAGGUGGUACCAUAUUUCUGGACACUAUUCUUCUCAGAAUUCGGAGUGCGGCUUGCAGGGUGCCCGCAAGGAGCAGAGCAUACGGUUCUCCACGGUAGCCUUGCCGAGCUCAAAUUCGCUAAGUAUUAUUUGAAGCAAGGCGUCGUUGUGGCCGUGGCGAGUGCCGGUCCUGUACCAACUGCAGUACAGUUUUUGGAAUUGUUCAAGCGAAAAAUUGAAAUCACCCGUGAAGACGUGGAGAAAAACACGGAUAACGACUGGCUGGCUUGGCUUGAGUGA